GGCUGGACGUAGGCGUCUGCCGGCGAGGCUGCAAGUUGAUCGUGGGGCGGAGUCUCCGGCCCGGGGCACGUGAUGGGAGCUUCGGGGUUAAGCCUGGGCGCUUGGGUCGGAGGCCUCGCGGGUCAGCGAGGUGGGAGGGAAGGGGCGCGCAGAAGCGGCAGCUCGCGCUUAGCCCCGUGGAGCUGCGAUGCGAGCAUCUUGUAGUCCCCUUUACCCGGCCCACUUCCCCUUGUGGCGAGGGGUCCAGAGUCCGUGUCCUCUGAAAGGUUUCGAGAGAAAGAAGGAACCAAGGAACCAAGGCUCUCCUGACCACUGAGCUCCGGGAGGCAUUUAGCAAACUCGAGGCCCCGGGCUCCCACCCCGAGUGGGAGGAGACGCAGGGUCCUGGAGUAUUUGCCCUCCGCUCUUACAGGCCGGCGCCAUGAGGUUAAAUGAGAACGUCUUGCUGCUGGGGAAGAAGGUGGUGCUGGUACCCUACACCUCAGAGCACGUGCCUAGGUAACAGUCCGCCUAACGCGAGGUGCAGGCCAGCUCUCCCAAGAUGCGGCGAGGAGGGUCAGCCUGCCUUAGUCCGAAUCUCAGAGGCUGUUUCCCCUAAGAAGGAGAAACAUUGCGGUGAGAAGUCAUUACAGAAAGAAGUGAGCGCUGAAGCAGACAAUGAGGACUCCCCUGGAAGAAGUUACCCCCCCACCCCCCCAUCCCCCGCCUUUCCGUUUCAGUCUUCUCUGCUUCCUUUUUGGGCGCUCAGCAGGGAAUUAUUUUAUGUAAACUAGAUGGGUGUAAGAAAGAUUGCCUGAUUGUAAAUUAGUGACAUUCCUCUGUUGUCAGCGAAUAUGCUUAGUUGUUUUUUUUUUUUUUUUUUAAAUAUUUAUUUAUUUACGGGCGCCUGGGUGGCUCAGUCAGUUGAGUGUCUGCCUGCCUUUGGCUCAGGUCAUGAUCUCAGGGUCCUGGGAUCAAGCCUGGCAGGGAGCCUGCUUCUUCCUCUGCCUCUGCUCUUCCCCCUGAGCAUGCUGUUUCUCUCUCAAAUGAGUACCACGAGUGGAUGAAAUCAGAGGAGCUGCAGCGUCUGACAGCCUCUGAACCGCUGACCCUGGAGCAAGAGUAUUCAAUGCAGCAGAGCUGGCGGGAAGAUGCAGACAAGUGUACAUUCAUUGUGCUGGAUGCAGAGAAGUGGCAGGCCCAGCCAAGCACCACGGAAGAGAGCUGCAUGGCGGGAGAUGUAAACCUCUUUCUCACAAAUGUAGGGGACCCCUCCUUGGGGGAGAUUGAGGUCAUGAUUGCAGAGCCCAGCUGCAGAGGCAAAGGCUUUGGUACCGAGUCUGUUCUCAUGAUGAUGUCUUAUGGGGUGACCAAACUAGGUCUGACCAAGUUUGAGGCUAAAAUUGGGCAAGGAAAUGAGCCAAGUAUCCGGAUGUUUCAGAAACUUCACUUUGAGCAGGUGGCGGUGAGCAGCGUCUUUCAAGAGGUGACAUUUAGGCUGAUAAUGAAUGAACAUGAGCGGCAGUGGCUUCUGGAGCAGACCAGCCAUGUAGAGGAGAAGUGCUAUAGAGAUGGGUCGUCGGAGUCCCAUUGACAGCCAGCUGGCCUUGCGGGCAGGGCAGCCAGCAGGGCGGCCACCCUCUGUGAAGUGGGGUGUUGGAACCACGCAAUCCAAAACACCAGAGCCCUGUAACAGAAACUGAACUAUUGGGGCAUUUGGGGCAUAAUGCCCCUAGCCCCUCUCUGGCCUGGGAAUCUCCUUUAGGGGCCCUUCAGACUCUGGGCCAGACUUGCCUUGGCCUUCCUCAGGCUGGCAGUGUGGAUAAGUGACUCCAGGUCCAGGCUGUCCUCCUGACCAGAUCUGGAUUCUUGGAACCUGGAGCGGAUAGCACGAAUCCACAGGGGACAGGGUGGGUGGGGGUGGGAGCAGAGGCGAGUGGGCCUGGUGAAUGGAAGGCCAGAGGCGCCACCCUGGGGUAGAGGCCUGCCUAAGAGUAAAGUAUACUGCACAGCA